AUGCCUUGGUAUACAUCAUUCAAGAAUUUGAUCUUCUCUUUACGUGGUAUUACUGAACAUGAAACAUUUGACCAUCCUGUAGCCAUGUUAAUGGUAAUAUCUUCUGUCAACCCUGAUCCUAUGGGCGCCAUUAUGCAACUUUACAACCCCAACGUACCAUCUUUUACUAUUGAUAAACCUUAUGUAGACACCAAUAUAUUACGAUAUUAUGUAUUAUUACAUGAUCCUCAACAAACAACCUUAGAACAUUCCCUUGAUGUCUUUGAAAAAAUGAAAAAAAGCUUUGGAUUACAUUGUCAUAUGCUCACCUUGAACUCUAGACCUCAAACAACAUUCGAUGGAACAGAUUCUUUAUCAACCAAAAAUAAUACAGAUCAAACGGACGAUUCAAUACGAAUGAUAUGGCAAAAUGAAUUAGAAAGAAAGGCAGUGAUCGAUCAUUCUUUACAAUAUUAUACUCAACAGCUUUCUAACAAUGAACAAGAUCAACCGAUAUCAUUUUCUCCCAGUAUUCCUUCUCUCACUCGAUCAAGUUCAUCUUCUUCUAUCGCUACUAAUCCAUCCUCCUCCUCCUCUUCAACAACACCCGUUUUUACUGGAGCAACAACACAAACUUUUGAUUUAACCAACACACCACUGGAUCAAGAAGAAGAAGAAGAAAAUACUUUGAACAGCAACAAUAAUCUAAUAAAUUUGGAUGGCAAUUUGGCAACAUCAUCAAUAGAAUAUGGACAAUAUCUUACUAUGGAUCAUAUUGAAAAAACAAAGAUUAUGGUAAAGGAAUUAGUAACACAAAGUAUGAUACCCUUUAUGGAACGUAACAUUCAACAUUGGAAUGAACAAGUCGCUGCUGGUCGAAGAGGUCUUACUGGUCGUCUUUUUGGUGCGAGUCGUCGAUUAUUUGGUACAAGUAAUUCUCGAAAUCCUUCAUCUCAGUCAAUACAAACCAUUCCAUCCUAUAGUCGAAAUCUACCAGCAGGUACAAAUACAUUGACAAUAUAUCCAUACGGUGCUCCCGAAGCUCAAAUGCGAAAAUUGGCCGAUUAUGCUUUUAUGCUCCGUGAUUAUAAAUUUGCUCAAAUCAUUUAUGAUACUGUACGUCGGGAUUAUGCAACUGAUAAAGCUUACAAGUACCAUGCUGGGACUCAGGAAAUGAUUGGUAUUUGCUUUUUAAUGAUGAAUCAACCAUUGACAAGUAAAGUGGAUGUUGAUCGAAACUUUGAACUAGCUAUACAACAAUAUCUUGGACGAUGUCAAUCACCUUAUCAUGCUACAAGAGCUACUGUAAUUUAUUAUGAACUACUAAAAAGUCGACGAAUGUGGAAGGAAAUCCCAACUGCCUUAGUACGAAUGACUGGCGAAGAUUCUGAUUUGCGUUCUGCCCUGUUUUUGGAACAAGCUGCUCAUUGCUUCUUACGUGCUCCUCGACCUAUGAUACGGAAAUAUGGUUUUCAUCUUAUUAUGGCUGGUCAUCGUUAUGCAAAAGCAUCACAGAGAAAUCAUGCUCUUCGGUGUUACAAAUUGGCAUCUUUGGUACUUGAAGAUACUCAAUGGUCAGUUGCAAAAAGUCAUGUCCAGUUUGCCUUAGGUCGACAAUCAUUUCAUUUAGGUCAUUUGGAAGAUGCUGUCUCUCAUUUUGUUCAUGUCUUACCCGAUGCCAAGCAAACAGCACCUCAACAAAUUGCUCAUAUUCGAGAAUUCUUAUUCAUUUAUCAGCAGUACGCCUCAAAAAUGGGAAUAGAUCCUUUGAAAGAUACUUUAUCAAAUUUAGGGAUUCCUAUCAUUGAUGACAAAAGUAUUCGUGUCACUUUAUCUAAUGCACAACCGGAAUCUGAAAAUCAAGAUGAAUGGUCUGUCAUGGAAAGAGACCUAUUGGAAGCAAACAUUGAAAAGGGAUAUAUUUUAAAAUCCAAAAAAGCAUUGGCUCUUCAACAACAAGAUGAUAACCGUGUGAUUUGUGCUGUUGGUGAACCUUCGACUGUUCGUGUAGAACUAUACAAUCCUCUUCAAGUAGCUGUAACAUUAUCGGAAGUUAUCUUGGGAUGCCAAUAUCGUGAAUCCAUUCAAGCAAAUAAAGAAUCACUGAAUUCGGAUCUCUUUGCGGAUCAAGGUAUGAUUGAUGGAACUCUGAUGCCGGAUACAACAGAUACAUUUGAUUUCGGUGAUUUCGAAUUACAAAAGUUAGCACAAGUAUCUUUAGAUCCAUUAGAACGUCGUGUGGUGAAUCUGACCAUUGUACCACGAAAAGAAGGAUCGAUUACCAUUGUUGGUUUACAUUACACGUUCAAUGAUCUUGUACACACCUUCCGACCGUUUAACAAGAAAGGAAAACGACUCAAUAACACCAAAGAAGAACGAAUGACCAUUGCUUAUGCUCCCGACCGUAGCCUGGAUAUUCUUGUCACUCCACCUAUGCCACUAUUGGAUCUUACCUUUCACAAUGUACCAGAAACCAUUCUAUCCGGUGAGGUUGUACAAGCUGUAUUGGAAAUCAAUAACAAAGGAAACAAGGGACUUACUUCAUUGCGUUUGAAAUCAAAUCAUCCAAGCUUUAUUUGUGUCGGUCAUCCUGAACAAAUGGACCAGCCUAUUUAUGAUUGUGACUCAAAAGAUGAAAAUUGUUCACCAAUCGACAAUCAAAUAUAUGAUCCUAGUGUCAUUUCUAUUCCUUUACCAUCUGAAGGUGAUCAACAAAAUGUGGUACAACCUGGAAAAACGACUCUUGUGCCAUUAUGGAUUCGUGGCGAUCGUAUUGGCAAGUAUACUUUGAAACUCCUGUUCUCUUAUCAGUCUGAGGAAGAAAACUCUGCCAUUGCUCAUCGUACUCUACGGUAUACUCUUCAUAUACAAGUGACUCCAUCCCUCAAAAUUAACGCUUUUACUCGACCUUGUAUCUCUGCCACAAAUGAAUUUAUCCUGGGAAUUGAGAUCGAAAACCUUCAAUCUCUGACCCCGUUUGACUUAAGACAAUUGACAGCAACUAGUGCUUUAUGGACCAUCACGCCAUUAAGUAUCGACUUGAAUUCUGAACAAGAUGUUUUGGACAAGACUACGAUUCCUUCUCGUCAAACAACUUUUGCUUAUUACAAGAUUAAGAAAUCUGAAACUCUACCUUCAUCUCCCUCUCCUUCUUCACCUGAAGCCUGGACAUCAAAUGCGUUGGCAAAAUUAUUAAGCAACAACGACUCUUAUGAUCCACCUCCACCCAUAGAAUUGAUGGUCACCAAGAUACCAUUCGUAAAGUUUUUCAAACGUCUCUUAUAUAAUAAUUUAUAUUGUAUCUAA